AUGGACGAGGUACGUGGAUUGGCUACACCAGCACCAAAGCUAGGGCUUUUCCUUGGACGUGAGUCGAAUCGGGUCCAUGGACGAGUUCGUGGAGGAGAUAGAGCCUCGGUUCCAGGCCGCGUUCAAGGCGAUGGAGGAGCUGGGGAAGGGCACGAUUGUGAACCUGGCCCAGACGAGGGCCACAUGGUCGGGCACUACUGGUUGAGGAAGUUGGAACUCGCGCCGGCCGGGUUCCUGAAGGCGCAGAUUGAGAGCACGCUUGAUGCGGUUUGUCUUUCGGUCGACUUAGAUGAUGUUGGAGCUCCCGAACGACAUAGAGAUAGUCAGAUAGAUCGGUAUCCUUUGCUAAUGGAACAAGUGGAGAGUAGUAGUGGUUAUCAGCACAUAAUUGAUGUAGAGAGAAAUGGGGACGCCUCAUUGACAUCAUCUCAUGGUGAUCAGCAACGCAGGGUAGACUCGACAGAGGAUGAGGAUGGACUUUCGCCUAUCAUGCUAGCCCCUGCGGAUCAAAUUACUGCUGUGAAGCAGCUGCUCCGGUUGGACGCAGAAAGCCCUGACACACAUAGGUGCCUGUUAAAGUUUUUCCACGUAGUUAGUUCCAUGGCUGCCCCAGCUACUGACUCUGAGAAACUUAUUUGCACUGUAUUAGAAGCUGAACGACCAGAAAUCAGUCAUUUGCAUGGGAAGUCUCUUUUAGAGGCAAAUGAGUCAUUCCUCGAUAAGCAUAAAGAUUCCUUGAUGCACAAGGCAGCUGCUGCAGAAAUGCUGUAUCUUUUGGAACCCAGCAAUAAGGGCAAGGCUGUGAAAUUAAUUGAGGAUUCAAGCAACAACUUGGUGCAAAGAAAUGAAGCACUCAGAUCAGUUAAGGAAUGGAAACUCAAGGAUUGUAUUGCGGUUCACAAGCUACUCUCCUCAGUAGUAGUUGAUAUGGAUGCUGCAUCAAGAUGGAAAUUACGUUGUGCUGAAUACUUCCCGCACUCCACGUAUUUUGAAGGAAGUUGCAGUUCUGCAGUUCUAAAGUCCUCGUACAUCCAGAUUUCUAGUAAUCCUGAAAAUGGAGUCAACCAUCCUGCGGGUGGCAUAAGCAUGGAUUCUCUUACGCCAAAUGGAAAACUGGAAGCUUUUAAGGACCUCUCUAUCUAAUAAGUGGAGUUGAAAGCUCAUUUUGGGCAAUGUAAUUCUACAUUCAUCGGUAUGCAUGAGAGUUAGUUCACAGCAAUAGCUGUGGCUUGGGAGAUAGUUCGUUCAACCACUGGGGAAGUAUCAUUCAUGGGGCCUUUUCCAGUUCAUGGCCAUUCUGUCGCUUUAUUGGAUUGGCAUUUGCUUCGGUUCUUUUUGGCCUCCCUCUCCCUCUCAUCUUGGAAUUUGUUUUGCUAAUUGUGUAUAAUCUUCCUCCACUUUCGUUUCCAGUCAGAUUCAUAGCCUUGUGUGUCUGUGGGCAUGAAUGAGAAAAGGUGACAGGCUCCAUGGGAAUAUGCAUUAAACUAAGGUUUCCCUUUUUGCAUUGUUAGUUUUACAAUCUAUAGGACAUCCCUGAGGUGGAGCCACAGGAGAAAUUUUGAAGAACGGAUGCUUCGUCAGCCUUAAGAACAAGUGGCCUCUGCAAACUUACUUCUGGAGACAUGUUGUACUUCCCUUAUUUAUGUCCACCAUUGUUUUUCCUUUGUAUAAACAUUGCGUUCUGUGAAAAAUUUUGGAA